AUGGCGGAUCCAGGCCAGCUCUCUCUAUCCGAGGUUCAGGAUGCUAUUCAUCACCUAGACAAAAACGAACCGGGUGCGCGCCCGCUCCUCCAGGACCCAGCGAGACAAAUACGAUUGUUCACCCUCUGGCCAGGGACACAUGAGAGUACGAUCCGAGGGGUGUUCAGUGUGGCUACCCUCGACGACGGGCCUCACUACCAGUGUAUAUCAUACGUUUGGGGCGAUGCCUCGGAUACAAAGGACAUCACAGUGGACGGGAAAGAGUUCAAGAUCACGACAUCUCUAUUCUCGGUCCUACGGCGCAUCAGAUCUGAGCAAGAAUACCUCACUGUGUGGGCCGACGCGUUAUGCAUCAAUCAGGAUGACCACGAGGAGAAGCGGGUACAGGUCGACAUGAUGUUUGACAUCUACAGCAAAUGCAGCAACUGCUUUCUCUGGUUGGGUGAGGUUGACCUCCUCGAUGGGGAACUGAGCUUGGACAUUGCUCGCUACGGUUUAGACUUCAUCGAAUUCUGCGACGAUGCAGACUUGGAAAGAGAAAGACAACGGCUUUUCGACGGCUGA